AUGGAGAGUUUGAACGGUCGCCAAAACGUCAUCAUCAGAAGCUUGUCGAGCUUCAUGAUACGCCUCCAGAACGUCUUAACUCUCGAGCACCUUCCGGUCGAGCUCUGGUGCGUGCACGAGCUCAUCGAGAGCGACGAUAUCGCAGCCAUCAUUCCCGCUAUCCGCGUGAUCAACAUCGAUGCUGCUGGUGCCACCUGGGAGAAGAUUUAUCACCACGAAUUUGCGUUCUCCAGAGUGAUGGUCUUGGGUUAG